GGUGACAGGUGAAUUAACUGCUGCUUUGUGGACGCCUCUGCGCACCUGAGCAAAAGGGAAGAAGAGAGGAAAAGCACAGGCUUGUGGAUGUUCAGGACUUUGAUUACAGCUUUCAGACUCGUUUGACCUGCUUGUAAAUGAUUAACAUUUAAGUGGAUGAGGAAGGACUUUUCUGAGAAGAAAUACAGAAGAACAGUUUAGUUUGUAUUGUGUAUUGAAACAGUACCCAGUGCUUGCUAUUUGCGUGUAUUUGUGAUUUUUUUUAAAGAAAUCACGAAGAAGCAGCUAAUGGCUCAUUGGCGUUGAACGGAUUCUUUAAUUAAAAUUAAACAAUGAUGGACAGACCCUAUUCUGGACAGUCCAAGGAACAAAGAAUACAGAACAUAAAGGCAUCUUGACCAGCAGACAACUUUAUGAAUUUCAUGUUUUGGACAUUUUUGUGGCCAAUCAAGAGUUUGUAAGGACAUUUUUAUCGGCAAAUCAACAACUAAUGGAAGGACAGCAUAACUUGGUGCCAUCAUCAUGGCUACUUGCACUGCAGUUGUUUCUGCUGCUUCUGCCACGGACGAAGAGUGUGACCGUAGUACCAUGGAAACCCUGUACAGAUCUCCGUCCAGUGGACCUGUUGUCUCGGGUGCUGCCCCAUAACGGAGAGGCUCUGUCUGGGGUCCGUAUGGUGCAGGAGGGAGGCGCUCGUGGGGUCCAGUUCUUCAGUCCUACGCAGGCACUCACCUUUCCAUCGUCUCAGCUCUUCAUUAACUGCCCUCUCUUCCCUGCAGAAUUCUCCAUAGUGGCCACUGUAAAAGUGUCUCACACCAGAAUGAAGAAGAAUGAGUACUUGUUCGCCGUGGUGAAGGAGGAUGUCGAUCAACUCCUGCUUGGCAUGCGUUUCUCUAAAGAGAAAGUACAUCUCAUCUAUCAGGGCUCAAUGGGGAGGGAGCGUCUCAGCUUUAAAAGAAUCCACCUGGCAGACAACCGCUGGCACAGCAUGGUGUUAUCCAUCAGCGGUCACCAUGCCACCCUCACUCUGGACUGCGGCAUCCCACUGGAACUGGUCCAUAAACAGCCAUUUCCCUCCGAUCUCAGCACUGAUGGCUCUAGAUUUCACAUUGGAAGUCGAAGGAAGUGGAAAGGCCUGUUCUCUGGUUUACUGCGGCAGCUCGUCCUUUUGGCUGGAUCGGACGCAACGCCACGUGUUUGUCCCUCUUUCAAACCAUCAUUGGUUGAGUUUUCUAUCCCUACGAUCCUGUCAAACUUGCCAGUGAAAUCCCAACUGAACGACGUCCUGCUUCCUCCAUACGGACCUCUCAAGCUCCAUCAGGUUGGAUGGGGAGCAUCGGUGCACAGCCAUUUUCAGAUCUCUCCAGAGAUGUUCAAGAGGGUUCAAGUCUGGGCUUCGGCUGGGCCACUCAAGGACAUUCACAGAUGUGUUAUGUCAGCUGAAGUCUCAGCAGCUCUAUUUAAUGCUAUUCAAUCUACAGAGAAAGACAGACUAGACUAUGUAGAUGAUUACCAGGACCUCUACACCACCUCAGAGACACUGGACAUUGAGCUCUUCCAGAUUCCCUCGGUUGGGCUGUUUGCUGCUAUGGCUCAUCGGGCCAACAAACCAGGUUCUGCCAUCUACCGCUGGAACCAUGGCCAAUUCCAGCUCUACCAGAACAUCAGCACAUUUAAGGCCCAGGCAUGGAAGCAAUUCACUAUAGGGAGGAAGAUGUUCUUGGCGGUGUCGAACUCCGUGGGCCCAGCGGACGGAGAGCGAGAGCUGUCUGUGAUCUAUAGGUGGAGUAAUAAGAGGCUGAAGUUUGUGCGUUAUCAGACCCUGGAGACGCACAGCGCUCGUGACUGGGAGGCCUUUCAUAUUAAUAAUGAAGCUUACCUUAUGUUCCUGUCAUCCCUUUCAGAGAAUGGCAAUCACAACAUUGACAGCGUUGUUUAUAAGUGGAACCCAGGCACUAAGACAUUUGAGGUAAACCAAACCAUCUCGACAUCAGGAGCUUAUGAUUGGGAGUUUUUCACCGUUGGGCCCUACCACUUCCUAGCAGUGGCCAAUGCAUUUGAUGGCACCUCCACCCAAACAGAUUCAUCCAUCUACAUCUGGCUUGGUGGAGCCUUUCAGCUUUAUCAGACUAUAAGGACAUUUGGGGCUACAGACUGGGAGAUGUUUCAGAUUGGAAACAGAGUCUUCCUAGCUCUUGCUAAUGGACACAUGCUGUGUGAGAGAGGACCAAGCCUCUAUACCAUCAACUCAACUAUAUAUGAACUUGAUAUGACAACCAAGAUGUUCCUCAAGUUCCAAGACAUUGUGACAUACAGUGCGGUGGACUGGGAAUUCUUUUCGGUUGGAGAUGAGCAUUUCUUAGUCGUAGCCAACUCUUAUGAUGGAUCGUCUUACUCUUUGAACAGCGUUAUAUACAGGUAAUGAUUGAAAGCUCAAACAUUAUACACAGAUCAUAACUCCUGACUUAAGAGAUAAGUAAACCUAUACAUUUCACUUAGGUGUUCAUGGUAUUGCUUAAUAAACAACAAUUUUCUGAUAUACAACAACUAGGCCUAUAUAGCCAGGAUAAGACUAGGAUCUGUAA